UUAACUCCGAGUGGCUUGACCCUGGCGGUAGGAAUGGCGGCUAAGAUUACUAGAGGAAGGAGCCCAAAGACCAUGAAACUUUACUUCUAACGGGCCCGCACAGGAAUUUAUUUCUUGCGAAACACAGAAACAUUAUCCCACAAGGGAUUAAAGGGAGAAGUGCUAUAACGCGGUAGACGUCCAGGCUAAGGAGGUGGACGCACUUUGCGACCUGCUAGUUAGCUUAGUGCCACUGACUUUGAUUCAAGGUAGCUGUUAGCUCUAACUAGCCAGCUGUUACAGCUACUUGGCUUGGCUGGCCCAACAAGUUAACUAAGUGAUUAACUGCAUGAAAGCAUUCCUGAUUUGUUUUUUUGAAUGGUGACCAGCUCCCUUUGUCACCAGAUAGCAUUAGGGAUUUUUUCCAGAGAGUGGGAUCAGACGACAAUAAGUCUACACGGCGCGUUGUGAACAUUAUUACCGCUAACCUCAACGUUAGCUAGUAGUGCAGUAACGCUAGCUAAGUUGGGAUCCUGAAGUCUCGCCCAUUUUUUGGAUCCUGCCCCAGCCAUUGGACAAGGGCUAAUCAACAGCCAACUAGUCUGGUUUCAGGUCCGAUUGGUACUACGAUGGAAAGUCUAACGUUGACUGAUAUCGAGCAGAAAUAUUACUCGGAUUUGUUCGUUUACUGCGACACGGACAACACCAAAAAAGUGGCUUCCAAUGGGAGAGUUCUUGACCUUUUCCGGGCGGCCCAGCUACCAAGCGAAGUUGUCCUGCAGAUCACAGAGCUAUGUGGAGCCACUCGGCUGGGUCACUUCGGGCGCAGCCAGUUCUACAUCGCUCUGAAGCUCAUUGCCGUUGCCCAGGCUGGUCUGCCCCUGAGGGUGGAAAGCCUCAACUCGGUCAAAGACCUGCCGCUGCCCAGGUUCGUGGUGGGGAAGAACGAGGCGGAGGCGAGGCACGCAGCGCUGUACCAGGACACAGACAGUCAGGGGUUGUACCCGGGCUCUGCCACCGCCGUAAUACCCAGACCACCAGGCCGGGGUCUCCAGAACAAGAAGGGUCCCCCAUCAUCCACUUCACUUCCUGUCCACGAGGUUAUCCAGCCUCUGGCACCCAGCAUAGAACCACAGCCUGAGCCGACAUCCCCGGUGGUCUCCCCUCACCAGUCCCCACCCACCUCCCCUCACUCGUGGAGGAAACACAAGCGGCAGCACAGCGGAGGAAACGCAGAAAGACAGCCGGUGGUGGCUGCAGCUGGAGCUGUGUGGACGCAGUUCAGAGAACCACAAACAGGUCCAGUGCCCAGUGAUGGCAUGUGGCCCUCCCACUCGCCACCCCCUCCAGGUCAGGAAAGUUGGGUCAGUUUCACAGCGGACACCCCGCCAUCCAGCCAUCCGCUCCCAGCAAUGCACCCCUCCUCGGUCCAGGAAAGCACAACGAUACGAACUGUGGCCUCAGCAGCAAUGACCAAUGAGAUCCAGCGACAGUCCAGCAGUUACGAUGAUCCGUGGAAGAUCACGGAUGAGCAGAGACAGUAUUAUAUUAACCAGUUCAAAACCAUCCAGCCAGACCUCACCGGCUUCAUCCCUGGUUCAGCCGCAAAAGAGUUUUUCACCAAAUCAAAACUACCUAUUUUAGAGUUGUCACAUAUUUGGGAGCUGUCAGACUUCGAUAAAGACGGAGCGCUGACCCUGGAUGAGUUCUGCGCUGCCUUCCACCUGGUUGUGGCCAGGAAGAAUGGCUACGACCUCCCUGAGAAGCUGCCUGAGAGUCUGAUGCCAAAGCUGAUUGACCUGGAUGACUCAGCAGAGGUCCCGGAGUCGACUGCUGACGUUGGAUACUCGGGCUCCCCAGUGGAGGUCACACCCAACAAAUCUCCCUCCAUGCCUUCACUCAACCAGGCCUGGCCAGAGAUGAACCAGAGCAAUGAGCAGUGGGAGACGUUUAGCGAGCGCUCCUCCAGCUCACAAACUCUGACCCAAUUUGACUCUAACAUUGCACCAGCUGACCCUGACACGGCCAUUGUCCACCCAGUUCCCAUCCGGAUGACACCUAGUAAGAUCCACAUGCAGGAGAUGGAGCUGAAGAGGACUGGCAGUGACCACAACCACCCUACCAGUCCACUGCUGGCUAAACCUCCCGAACUGUCCGAAGAAGCCAAUUUAUCUGCCUCCAUGAAGUUUGUAGCCGCCAACACUGUGGGUGACGGUUACAGCAGUUCAGACUCUUUCACCUCAGACCAGGAGCCAAUCACAAGACAAAGGUCGCAGUCGGGUACGUCUCCAGAGGCUCUGAAGGUGGUAGCCCCGCCUCCCCCUCCACCCCGCCCCCACCCCUCUCACUCUCGCUCCUCGUCUCUCGACAUGAACCGCACCUUCGCUGCCACAUCUGCACCCGGACAACCACAACCGUCUACGAUAGCUUACCCGCCUGCUGUGCCACCUCGACCGCUGCCCACACAGACAUCAGUACCACAUACCGGCCAUCGCAUAGAGGCAGAGGGUGCGCCUGGAGGCGGGGUGGUGCUCACCAGCACCUCCCCCCAACAGAUUCCCCAGCAGCCCAAUUUUGCAGACUUCAGUCAGUUUCAGGCCUUCGCUGCGUCUGAACAGCCUUCCAGCCUCCCGGAGGUCGAUAUGCACAGUGAGCCUGGACAGGCGGAGAAGUCAUCUGAGGGAGCCGGCCCUUUAAGAACAGUGAAGAGUGAAGGCCAGGCAGAUGAGAGAGUCUCAGCUACUGUCAACUCUGUCAAGGGUUCGUCUGGUCCUCUAGCCCCUCCCCCAAAACCUGUGCGCCGAAGGUUGAAGUCGGAAGACGAGCUUCGACCGGAGGACGAACAACACGGUCCGCAGAAAUCAAACGUCAUAGCCGCCGUCCUGGCCACUCAGCCCUCCAUCCCCAGGUCAGUGGGAAAGGACAAAAAGGCGAUUCAAGCUUCAAUCAGAAGAAACAAGGAGACGAACACAGUGUUGGCACGACUUAACAGUGAAUUACAGCAGCAGCUGAAGGACCUGCUUGAAGAGAGGAUAUCCUUGGAAGUCCAGCUGGAGCAGCUCAGGCCUUUCUCUCAUCUUUAACCAACGUGAAGAGGGAAACUCUGCUGUAGUUCAUCCGAAGCAAGGCUCCCUCCCUCUCUUCCUUCCACCAUCUCAGCUUUCCCUGGAAGCUCCGACGUGCUCCAGGGUGCUCCGUUAAAACUCUUACGCUCAAUCACACACUUAUUAAUCAUAAACCGGAAGGACCUGAGGGCGCGGUCUUACCAAGAGGAGGAGUUGAAAGGAGCGUUGGGGGGGGGGGAUUUACAAACUGGCACUUUUUAAUUUUCUCUAGGGAGAUGAACAUGAGGGCGACAGUGGACUGAGAAACAGUUAGGCGUGGUGGACAAGACGCUCCAACUGUCAGAGUGGUCUGAAGACAAAGUGCUGGUGUCUGAUGUCUUUACUCUGACUGAAGAAGAAAGGUGGAGUGUGUUUGUCAUGUGCGUGUGACUCUUCGUGUAAUUGUGUCCCUGUUUAGUGACUUACUUGAGGCUACCACCAGUAUGUUCAUUCUCUCUUAGGGCACAGACUGCCACACCAAACUUCUAUUAAAAAGUAGGCAAAUUUAAAGAAGCAGUUCAGUUAAGUGUGUUAGGAAAUACAAUUCUUCACUUUGUUUCUUAGAGUUAGAUGAGAAUAUAUCAAAUCAAUCUCAUGUGGGUUCAGUACAGAGAUGGAGUUUGCGAGUAGCUUAGCAUAAAGACUAGAAGCAGGGGGAAACUCUCUGUCCAAUGUCCAGAAAUUGCAACUACCAGUGCCUCUAAAAUUAACCAAUUGACAUGUGUUGAUAUAUCUCAUUACUACAAAAACAGAAAGGUAAAAACAACACUAAGGGGAGUUAUAUGCUGAAACAACUUAGUCUAACUCUCUGAAAGAAAGCGCUUAAAUGUAUUUCCCAAAAUGUCAGAGUAUUCCUUAAAUUGUCUUCUCACUUGUUGGUGUUCCUACUUUUCUACUACCGUGAAUACCUGUUCAAAACUAGAUAACAAUUAUGAAAAUGUCUGUUUUAAAUAUCAAAGAGAGUCUGUCUACUGAACAUUUGCCUCCCAAAUGUCAGCAUUUAACAACAGUCUGUCACAGAGCGAUGCCAUAGCACACAUUAGAGGCUUUGAAAACAUGAAAAGGUCUACAGGAAUCUACAUAUGCUAGUAAGAAAGUAACUGGAGUUUGGUGUGGUGGUCACUCUUCUGAAAAAGAUAUUGUGUGUAUGUUUUGUGUGAGGCCUUUAAUGGCUAAAUUACCAUGGUGAAGGCUUUUUUGACUCAUCCUGUGACAUGAAUUCAGCGCACCUCCCUCUUCUCACUGCCCCUUGAAGAGUGUGUGUGUGUGUGUGUGGUUGAAUGCACGAUGCAGUGAACGAAUAACUGCUCUGUCAUCUUUUUUUUUUCUUUCUUAGUUACAAAGUGUUUGGGGUUUGAUGUGACUGAAUGGUUCAACCUUAUGCCAAAUGAUUGAACAAUCACUCUCUGCUCUCUCACCUCUACUUGGGCUGUGUUUUAUAAACAAAAACAAAAUGCGAGCUCUUUUCCCUUCACUCGGCUAGCAGUGCUUCAACAUUUCAAGCUUUCCUUUAAACCUUCUUGGUUGCUGUGUUUAUUUCCAGACUUUAACUUCACCUGGAUGAGAAAGCAUUAUUCAAAACGGACAUUUCACUUGAAGGGGUUGAAGAUAUUCCAGCUGCUUGACUGCUGGAGGCAGCAGCGUUCAUGAAGAAAUGUGUUGCUGACCAGGAGAGAAGGUUUCCUGUGAUUUUCCCGGUCUGCAAACGCGUGCACAGAUCCAAACUGAUGGUGCAGAGAGUUGAUAUUGACUUUAAAAAAAAAAAUUCAGCUGUUUUCCAAUCGGGCAGUCGGCACUAUGCAAGUAUGGGCGAUACAUCUUCACAGACCAACUAUACUUAGCUGUUUGUACUAUGAUAGUAGCAACUGUGUGAACAGUGUACUCUGGUUUUUGUAUCUUAGAUCUUCCAAAACACCAUCUACUGUAUGUUUCUGAUUCAUUUAGCCUUUUUUUUUUUUUUGAUCUUGGUACUGACGAGCAGUCCGCUUCCUCCGCUCUCCCGCUCCAGAGGGAAGUAAACUCCAGAUCAGCGUUUUAUCAGGGCACUGUCACUCUAAUUUGCAAGAUACGACCCUUUGCUGGUUGUAGAUGAAGCUUAACAGGAUUACAGACAGAGAGCAGUCAACAAAAUGGGAGACCUGAAUGACCCAACUGCACUUUGAACAUAACCUCCUCCUCACCACCAAUUUCCUUUGUGUUUUUUAUUACGCCCCUCUUUGCUUUCUUUUAACCUGCAUGUUGUUCUUCUCUUUCAUAUGUAUUUAAAAAAAAAAAAAACGAUUUAUGAAGAAAGAAAAAUGAACCACUUGAGUUUUAUUUCUUCAGCACAACCUGGAAACUGUAAGGUUUUUGUGCCAGUACCCUAAAGUACUCUGUCUUGUUUGGUUAAUUCUUAUGUGUUUUAUCCCUGGAGCUUCCUGUGUGUUCGAGAAGAAUCUCAUCGUCUUCUAUAGCCUUACUCCCCGACUGGCGUUCAGGUUUCCGUUGUGGCUGACUGACCUCUCUUCCUUGUUGUAUCAAGGCUCGCCUUCUUUGUUCUGCUGUUGAGGACUAUGAUGUACUUGGUCUGUGUGUGAGUGUGAGUGUGUUGUAUUGUUUCCAGACCUGGAACUAAUACCAUUUAAAACCCUAUUAAAAACCUUCAUGUGGGAUUGAUUUAUGUUUGUUAGCACAACAGCUCCCCUCCAUCCCUAAACCUAAAAAGGCAAUCCAGGCAGGUCGAAGCAAUCUGUUGUUAACAAAGUCGUUGAUGGGAUUUUUAAUGCUAUUUGCUCCCAGAUCUGUGUUGUAUAUUGUAUAUGAUACACUCUUUUGGACUCAUAUGUAAAUUUGCAUUAAUUGCUGACUAACAGCGAAAGAAUAUUCUAUUUAAUUCCUUCUCUCUUGGCUGUGGGAUCUUAGAUGUUUAACUGCAUGGAUGUACUGUAUCUCUGCAGAGUCAACUAGCAGCUGUGU